AUGAUGGAGGAUUAUAUGGUUGCAAACAUGUGGGGGUCAAGAGAUUGUGAAUGGUCGACAAAGGAUUCAGAGGGAGAGUCAGGUGAAACUUUAACAAUAUGGAAGAGGAAUACUAUCACACCAGAAUCCAACUUUAAUGGAAAAGGAUUUCUAGGCUUAACAACGAUACAGGAAGGUAGUGAUUUAUUGCUUCAUCAAUAUUUACUCACCAGUUGCGGGAAGUAUUUUACUCAGAUAAAACCUGAUGGUAAGGCUUGCAGUAGGCUUGAUUGUUUUCUGUUGUAUGAAAGGUUGAUUAUCAAAUGGUGUGUGGUGGUGCAGGAGGUGGGAAAUAGGGACAUAUCAUAUCAUAAACAUGUGUGGUUAAAAUCAAGCACAUUGGAUUGGGGUCCUAAAGGAUUUAAAGUGAAUAACUAUUGGGAAAACUUAAGACGGUGGAAUAAAAAUGUUCUUGGGUGGUUAGAGUUGAAGAUUCCGGAGGGUGUGGAGGAUCUUAAUCAGUUAGAGGAGUAUAUACAGGUGGCAGAUAUCCAAGUAACUGAGGAGAUUAAGUUGGAAAGAAAGGAAGAGUUUUCAGAAGAGGCAAUAAAGGAAGUUGUGUUUGAAGGUGAUGGGGAUAAAAGGCCAUGGCCAACCAAAUUUAAUUUGGAAUUCAUGAAAAAAUGUUGGGAUACUAUUGGUGUGGAGGUCAUUGGAUUCAUAAAAGAGUUCCAUAAAAAUGGUAGGCUACCUAAAGCAGUGACUUCUACUUUUCUUUCCCUGGUACCCAAGUGUGAGAACCCCCAAAGUCUUGAUGAGUAUAGGCCAACUUGUUUGAUUAGUGGUCUUCUCAAGAUUAUUGCCAAGAAACUUGUAGCUAGAUUAAGGAGAGUAAUAAGGAGGUUGGUCUCAAGGGAAUGUCCAAAAUCAAAAGAAUCUACAUGGUGGAGGGACAUUUCGAAGUUAUGUGAUGAACUUAGAGGAAUCACAAAGAAGAUCACUAUUAUGGUGGGGGAUGGUAAUUCAACUUCUUUAUGGAAAACAAGUUGGUUAUGGCAAGGAGUUUUGGCUGAUCAAUUUCCGGUUCUAUCAAAUAUCAAGGUUUUUGUUUGGAGACUUGUGCAAGAUAGGGUUCCUACAAGGAAACAAUUUCUUAAAAGGAUUAUGUUGGAAUCUCAUGAUGUUUUAUGUGUGUUCUGUGAGCAACAUGAGGAAGAUUUAGAUCAUUUGUUGUUGCAUUGUCCAAAGGUGAAGCCAAUAUGGCAGAUGAUUCAAAAGUGGAUGGAUGUGGAACUUCCUACUGAGGGAAAUUGUUGCUUACAAUUUUUGAAGGUGGUUGAAGUGUUGAAAGGCAAGCUUGCAUGCAAUAAGACUGGUGUGAUAUGGUUGACGGUUUGCUGGUGCAUAUGA